AUGCAGGCCCUGUUCGCGAGCCCAUCUUCCCUGAAGGCGCCUCGGGCCGUCGAUGCGCCGCGCAGGGCGACAGCGGCGCGCGCCACCGCUGGUCAGGACCCCCUGAUGCUUCGGGUCGCCCGCGGUGAAGAGGCCGAGCGCACUCCAGUGUGGCUCAUGCGCCAAGCGGGGCGAUACAUGGCCGCGUUCCGCGAGUACUCCGAGAAGUACCCCUUCCGCAUGAGGGCCGAGACGCCCGACAUCGCCAUCGAGCUCUCCCUCCAGCCGUGGCGCGCGUUCGGCACGGACGGCGUGGUCUUCUUUUCGGACAUCCUCACGCCGCUGCCGUCGCUAGGCAUUGAGUUUGACAUGGUCAAGGGGAAGGGCCCCGUCAUCGAGAACCCCGUGCGGUCCAUGGACGACGUGCGCGCGCUCAAGCCCUGCGACGACCCCGCGGGCAAGACGGGCUUCGUCGGCGAGACGCUCUCCGCGAUCCGCGGCGAGAUUGACGGCACGGGGACCACGCUGAUUGGGUUCAUCGGUACGCCGUGGACGCUCGCGGCGUACUCCGUCGAGGGCUCCGCGAACAAGGAGUGCCGGAAGACGAAGAUCAUGAUGAACAACAACCCGGAGAUCCUGCACGCGCUGCUGUCGCACCUCGCGAACGAGCUGAUCGAGUACGCGUGCUACCAGAUCGAGUCGGGCGCGCAGAUCAUCCAGCUGUUCGACUCAUGGGCGCACCACCUGUCCCCGGACCAGUACCGCGAGUACUCCAUGCCGUACUCCGAGAAGGUCACGCAGGGCAUCAGGGCGCGGCACCCGGAGGUCCCGAUCAUCCUGCACGCGAACGGCGGCACGGGGAAGCUGUCGAUCAUCGACGAGGCGUCGAGCGCGGACGUCCUGGGCCUCGACUGGGCGACGUCGAUGGCGGAGGCGCGCGCCGCGAUGCCGGCGCGGGCGCUGCAGGGCAACGUGGACCCGAUGGUGCUCUUCGGCACCGAGGACGUCAUCCGGCGGGAGGUUGCGCGGUGUCUCGAGGAGGCGGGGCCCAACACGGGCGUGGGCCGCCACAUCCUCAACGUCGGACACGGCGUGCCGCAGGGGACGCCGGAGGAGAACGUGGGGCUCUUCGUGCAGCUCGCGAAGGAGAGCGGCUCCAAGGCGACCGCUGGGAGCGAGAGGAAGGCUGGUCUGGCCGCUGCCUGA